AUGGAAGAACCAUUGAAGGAUGACACAGAGGAUGGAUAUGAGUUGGACAUGAGUAAUGCAAUGGAGGCAAUAUGGACUCGAUUUCGGUCACUUGAUAUUGUUGGUAAAAGAGCGUUGAAGAACCAUUGUUGGAAGAAAUUAACUAUGGAAGAACCAUUGAAGGAUGACACAGAGGAUGGAUAUGAGUUGGACAUGAGUAAUGCAAUGGAGGCAAUAUGGACUCGAUUUCGGUCACUUGAUAUUGUUGGUAAAAGAGCGUUGAAGAGUAAAGUGUUUGAACUUGCUUAUCCAGCCUCAAGUUCAUUGUGUCCACCACCUGAAAAAAUAAAAACCAGAGGAGGAGUGAAGAACAAAUAUAAAGGCAAAGCACCAAAAGGUUAUGAUGUGUAUCGUGAUCCAUCAUACUUUGAACACGUUGAAAGAGAAUAUGGUGAUUCACAAGGUACAUCGAAGAGGUUGUGUACACAACAAUCACAGUCAUCUCAGAAGGAACUAUCUCAACCCUCUCAGAAGCAACAAUCUCAACCAUCUCAGAAACAACUAUCUCAGAUGUCUAAAAAACUGACAUCUCAGAAAUAUUUGGGGCAAUUUCCUGAUCAUAUAUGCAUCCACAUAUUGUUGACAUUGCUGAUGUGCUUGAAGAUGGAAAUUGUGGUUUUAGAGUUGUUGCAUCUUUACUUGGUUACACAGAGGAAGGUUGGUCCAUCGUCCGCCGGGAGUUAG